AUGUCGACCGACAUCUCUGUAACUGCUGAUGAAUCGUUGGAGGCGAAGUCUAAAGCAGAGAUCGCUCCACUGGUGAAACUGGUGCAGGACAUGGGCUAUCCCGAGGGUGAAGCACGCCUAGCGCUGCGACGCGCCGACAACAAUUUGCAGUUGGCCAUACAAAUUUUGGUGGAGGGCAACGCCGACAGCAACAACGACGACAACGAUGAGCCGCUAUCUGAAGCAGCGCUGCAACGGCGCUGUCGACGCCGCUUUAAGCAACUGCGCAGCAAUCUGAUGGGCAAUCCAGCGCUGAACGAUUACCACAUAGCGGACUUGAUGAAGCAGCCCAAGACGCUGCAGUUGCUGAACGAUGUGAUAAAAGAGCAUAGCGUCACCUUUCUGGAAUCCCUCAUGGAGUCAUCUUCCGACUCAGAUAACGAGUAGAAGUAGAAGUAGCAAUAAGUGAAAAGAGAAAUAAAUAAAUAUGUCUGCCUAUUUGU